CUUGUUGAUAUGCUAGAGAAUUUUAUGGAAACGAGUGCAGCUGCACAAGCUGCAGAGAAGGAUGCGCUUGAGGCGCUGAGAAAACGUGAAGAGGAACUGGAGGAACUACGACGUCGUGGUGCUGAGGAAAGCAAUGAGCACAGUCGUGUUUUGGAGAACCAUGAGCAAGAGAAUGAGAGGCUUCUUGAGGAACUCGCACAGAAGGAAGCAGAGAAUGAGAAGCUGGCUGAGGAUCUCGCACAAAAGGAAGUAGAGAACUAUAAACUUUCAGAUGAACUUGCUUCUGCUAAAAGUAAGCUUGAGGAUGCUGAGAUAUUUAGAGAUGAGGCGGCGGAAUUGCGUGAGAAGCUUCAUGACUCUGAGAAUCUUAUUGAUGAAAAGAAUGCACAGCUCGAGACGUUUAAUGAGCGUAUUGAAGGGCUUAUGGACGAACUUAAUGACAAGCGUGAUGAACUAAGCCAUGUUAUUGUUCAAUUAGAUGACUUUGUUGCGAAGUUUGAGAAAGCUCGAGAGGGUGAAAAGGCUGCCGUUGAAAGGCUUGCAGAAAUAGAACAAGAUAUGUUUGAGUUGCAAGAGGGGCAAAAGGAAGAGCAGAAGGAACACGAUCUAGUUGUUUCUCUUUUAAAGGAGCAGUUGGAGGGUCUCCGUGACGUGCAGUCGAAGGACGAGUUGAUAUGCGGAGAAAUGAAAGAUAAUUUGGAACAACUUAAAAAUUCCCUUCGUCAAGCAGAUGCAGCAUUAUUGGAGAAAGAUCAAUUGAUAGAAGCCCUACGUAAAGAAAUUACUGAUCAGAGGGAAGAAGCGCAGGCGAUAAUUGAUGAAGUGGCGGCAGAACGCGAUGUUAGGUCUGAAGAAGUGAGUGAUUCACUUAAAAAACUUGAAGAGCUUGUGGAACUUUUGCAAGACGCUCGUACCUCUGAAGAAGAGGCUGUGCAAAAAUGCCUCGAUACUGAACGAGCUCUUUACGAAGCACAAGAAGAAUUGGAAAAGCUUCGUUCGGCGCAAGUGCAAAGUUCCAGUGCAAGCGGUGAUAUCCCUCAUGAAAAAUCAGAGAUGGAUGCACUUCGUGCUGCCCUGGAUGAGGCUAAUGAGAUAAACGAAAAUGAUAGUAAAGAGAUCAGGAACCUUCAGUUAAGUGUGAAGAUGUUGAUGGAUGCACUCUCACGCAACCAAAGCACGUUUAUUUCGUCAUCAGGGGUAUUGAACGAAGUAUGUACUACCCUGGAGACGAUCGAAUAG